UGCGCACGAAGAGUGUAGAUCCGCAUGUGUCUAUAUCUUCCAAACUGUGGUUCAUACGUUCACUCAUAUCUCGUGUUCGCCUUUUCAGGUGCCGAGUGCAAAAAGCAAUGGCAGUAUUUGAAAGACAAGUUCCUGAGGGAAAUCAGAAUAAUUGAAAAGGCCAAGAGUGGAUCGGCCGCGACACAGAAAAAGCUGUGGUCGCACUUUCAGAUGCGGACAUUUCUGCGUGGCUACGUGUCGUCUCGCACGAGGAUCGUCUACGACAAGAGGGUUAAUGGUUACUCAGAGGACUCGAUGGCAGAAGCAACUGCACAUGCCGAUGAUACUGCACAAGGCUCGAGUGCAGCUGCACUGGUGCUGUUCCAGGCCAGCACCAGCCUUUUCAUGCCCUAG